AUGUCAGCAUCUCAAUAUUUGAAAGGUACCAUUGCUCCGAUUCUCUCGCGAGGUAUUGCUGAAUGUAUAGAGGUACAACCACAAGAUCCCAUUGAAUAUUUGGGUCUAUGGAUGUUGCAUCAUCAACAACAAGAAGCACUCCGAGAGAAGAGAUUGAAACAAGAAGAAGAAAAUCAACGAGCGAUGGAGGAAUGGAUGGAAACGAAAGGAAAGUUGUUGCAAAAAGCAGUGGAAAGAAUUCAAAAUGUGGUUCGGGAUUUCAUUCGUAGGCAAAGAGCUUUCAAAGCGGAGGAACAACAAAAAGUUAAGCAAUUAGAAAAAUUGUGGGGUGAUUUGAUGAUCAAAGCACAACAAGAUCAGAAGCAAGCGGAAGCAAAGGAACAGGAAGAAGCAUUGAACGAAAAGGAGAGAAUCAUGCAUGAGAAGAUGUUUGAGGCCUCCAAGGAGUUUAUCACAAAGCUUGAAAAAGACAGAAUUACCUAUCUCAAGAAGGCAUUUAGACCCCCUCAAUGCGUUCCUAGAAUUAUGAAAGCCGUGUUGUUGGCGCUCGGAGUGGCACCGAAGGAAUUAAAAGACUGGAACAUGACAAAGGAAAAAAUUGGUGCUCCAACGUCAUUCGUUAGAAAAUUGGUGGCUUUUGAGCCCGAGUCAUCCAUAGGAAAAACAGCAAGAUUUAAACGAGUGAGCAAUAUUUUGAAAAAGUGGGAUAUUGAAGUGGUGAAACAACAAUCCACCGUUGCAUUCCUUUUAUAUCAAUGGUUGACAAAUUUAUUAGCUUUUAGAGAAAGCUUUAUUUCCAUUAAAAAAGCAAAGAAAGAAGAAAUUGAGGAAGAGGAAGAUCCAGGUAUUUUGGAUGACAUGGAAGAUGACGAAAAGGAUGAUCCAAAAGAAAUUCCAAUGACCUCUGAAGAAACAAAACAGGAAACAAGCGAAGAACGAGCUGAAGAUGACGAAGAAUAA